CAACAUACAUAACCCAUUAGGCCAUAUUACAUAACACAAUCAAGAAAGAGAGAUUGUGAUGACUCAAAGCUAUUGUUAUUACUUUUCUGGUAUCGUUACUAUCUAUUUCUUUCUCUUAUUCCACACUCUUGCUUCUCCAACGCUCCACUUUUGCCGUCACGAUCAGAGAAGUGCUCUUUUGGAGUUCAGAGAUGAGCUUUGCAUAUAUCCACGUUCGUGGAAUAAGAGUAGUGAUUGCUGUUAUUGGGGAGGUGUUACUUGCGAUGAUAAAUAUGGCCAGGUGAUAUCGCUCGACCUUAGCUACAGCUUUUACAACAACUCUUUGAAAUCUAAUAGUAGCCUUUUUAGACUCCAAUAUCUUAGUCACCUAGACCUUAAGGGCUGCAAACUCCAAGGAGAUAUUCCUUCUUCGAUAGGAAACCUUUCUCAUCUCACAUUUCUUGACCUUUCAGACAAUCAUUUGGUAGGUGAAAUCCCAAAUUCCAUCGGAAACCUAAAAGAGUUAAGAGUCUUGUCUCUCCACAAAAACAGUUUAAGUGGCAAUAUUCCUAUUUCAUUAGCCAAUCUAACCAAGCUUUCUCAUCUUCGCCUCAACUCCAAUAACUUCACAUCCACACUUCCAUCAGACAUGAGUGGAUUCCACAACUUGGAGUAUUUCGAUGUUAGUGAAAACUCAUUUGUUGGGCCUUUACCUAAAUCCUUGUUCUCAUUACCUUCAUUACAAUUGGUUAAUAUGGAAAUAAACCAAUUCACAGGACCUAUAGAGUUUGCAAAUACAUCUUCAUCAUCACAGCUUUAUUUUCUAAACCUGGCUAUUAAUAGAUUUAAUGGCCCAAUCCCAGAAUCCAUAUCUAAAUUUCUCAACCUCACCCAGUUAUUUCUUUGCAACAACAACCUCAGUGGGUCAAUCCCUGGAUCUUUAUCAAAGUUAGUCAACCUCAUAGAUUUACAUCUCUCCUACAACAAGUUGAAAGGUCAAGUACCAAGUUUCUUAUGGAGAUUGACGACUCUGACUCUUUCUCACAAUACUUUUAGCAGUUUUGAAAACCCUUCACAAGAAACAUUGAUCCAAAUGUUGGAUAUGAGUUCUAAUACAUUCCAAGGACCAUUUCCCCGUUGGAUAUGCAAGCACAAAGGGCUACGCUUCUUAGAUUUGUCUAAUAAUCACUUCAACGGGUCGAUUCCUCUAUGUUUAAGGAACUCCAUUGUUUCUUUUACAGACCUGAUUCUGCAUAACAACAGUUUUAGUGGAACUCUUCCAGAUAUAUUCGUCAAAAAAGCGACAAAGCUACGGUCAUUCGACGUUGGUCGUAACCAGCUCGAGGGAAAUCUCCCAGAGUCCUUGAUCAACUGCAAGUCUCUGGAACUUGUGAAUGUGGAAAACAACAAAAUGAAGGACAAGUUUCCAUCUUGGUUGGGAUCUCUGCCGUCCUUACAUGUUCUCAUCCUCAGAUCAAACGAGUUUCAUGGGUCGUUGUAUCAUCCCCAUGUCUCCAUUGGGUUUCAGAGUUUAAGAGUAAUAGAUGUUUCACAUAAUGACUUCACCGGAACUCUCCCACGUCACUAUUUUUCCAACUGGCGUGAAAUGAACACAUUGACCGAAGAAUUUGAAGACUACAUGAUAAAUCUUGUGAAUGAUUCUAAGGACUAUUAUUUCCAAAUUUAUUUCUCUGUGGAAAUGGUGAACAAAGGAGUAGAGACGAGGUUUGAGAGAAUCCGACAAGACUUCAGAGCCAUUGAUUUUUCUGGAAACAGAAUUUCUGGAAGUAUCCCUACGUCCAUUGCCUACUUGAAAGAAUUGCGUCUUCUCAACUUAUCAGGUAACGCCUUCACAAGCAAUAUCCCGCGGUCUUUGGCGAAUUUAACAAAGCUGGAAACAUUGGACGUAUCAUGUAAUAAUCUGUCAGGUCAAAUCCCUCAAGAUCUUGGUAAACUAUCCUUUCUAUCAUACAUGAACUUCUCACAUAACCUUCUCCAAGGUCCAGUCCCACAAGGCACACAGUUUCAAAUACAAAAAUGUUCUUCGUUCCUGGACAACCCUGGACUAUAUGGUCUCGAGGAAAUAUGUGGAGAACCCCAUGUCCCGAGCCCUACAUCACAUCAACCCGAGGAACUGUCAGAGGCGGAGGAAAAAAUGAUCAAUUGGGUAGCAGCUGCAAUAGCAUAUGGACCUGGUGUAUUCUGUGGAUUGGUGAUUGGACAUAUCUUCUUCACUUCACACAUUCAAGAGCGUGAAAAGCUUGGUCGAAGAAAAAUCAGAGUCACCCCAUUUGCUCGUUAAGCCCAUCUCUUGCAGUCUCUCUGUUACGCAUGUGUGGAGCAUAGCAUGUGUUGUACUGAAUUGGUAAGAUAAGAAGAUCUGUUUGUGUUUGUUUGUAAUUUUCGGUUUACUUGUUUUGUAGUAGACCCUUUGUUGGUAGUUGAUUUGUAUAUCUUGGCUUGAAAAUAUAUGCGGGAACUUCCACUUGUAAUUUUCU